CGUCCGCUUUAGGCAAGGCACAACCCGGGCACCGACUCAGGCGAACUGGCCGGAGAGAGAGAGAGAGAGAGGUAUCCUCCGAUGGCGGACCUGGACGGCGAAAAGCCGCUGCGGAAGAUAUCGGAGUCGUUCAAAGAGCUUGCAGCCACUGUCAAUGCCGGAACCACUGAGGUCGAGGUUACGCCGUUUUCUCGCGCCUGCUCUUUUAUUUCGCCUCUCUUCGGCUGCUUGGGCAUCGCAUUCAAGUUUGCUGAAAUGGACUACGUCGCCAAGGUUCGUGAUCUUGCAGAAUCAUCAAAAUCGAUUGUAUCUCUACAAGCGUUGCUGGAUAAAGAUAUGGAAUCUGACUGUGUGAGGAAAGCUGGUAGCCAUACAAGAAAUCUUUUGAGAGUGAAGCGCGGGCUUGACAUGGUCAGAGUACUCUUUGAGCAAAUUCUAGUUACAGAAGGUAAUUCCUUGAAAGAUCCAGCUUCCAAAGCAUAUGCACAGGUAUUUGCUCCUCACCAUGGGUGGGCAAUCAGGAAAGCCGUUGCUGCAGGGAUGUAUGCUCUUCCUACGAAGGCUCAACUAUUGAACAAGCUCAAUGAAGAUGAGACCUCAGCCAGAACCCUAAUGCAAGAUUAUGUAGCAGCUUCUGCUCCUGUGAUUCAGUAUGUUGAAAAGCUCUUCUUUUCCAGAGAUUUGGGUAUAGAUUGGUAAAUAUAUUUACUGCAAUCAUAAUCUAAUCGUUCUGAACAUUCUAUAUAUGUAAUCUACUAUAUGCUUAGAAAAAAGGUGCAUUCAAGUAGAUAUCUUCCCUUCUAUUAAACUUCAAAAUGACCAUGAAGUUGUAUACUGAAUUAAUAAUUAUUGUCGGAUGUGAAAUUACAGUAAUUAUUGUCGGAUGUGAAAUUUA